ACGAAGUUGUCCGGCAGGUUCCCGAACGUUGCAGACUCGGACCGGCAAUCCCAAUCCUCAGGUUGCUAAAGCGCGGUGGCUUCGAAAGGGUGUGUGAUGUCCCAGCGUGGAGUUUCGACGAUGCGGCCUUCGAUCGGUGCCAACAGUCCGGUCCUCAUCAAGCCGGUCCUAGUCGAUGCCUCCGACUCAUCGUCCCCUUCAUUACUCCUGUCCUUCGACCAAUCUCGCUAUCUAUUUAACUGCCCUGAGAAUACCUCUCGUUCGUUUGUCCAGUCCCGAAUCCCUCAGAAGAACCUCAACAGCAUCUUCCUCUCCAGCUGUCGGUCCUCACACUGUGCUGGCGCCUAUGGGAUGCUGAUGGGUUUGGCUGAUGGCAAUAAACAGAGCGUCCGUCUGAUUGGACCAGAAGGCUUGCGAUAUAUGUUGGCUUGUGGUAGAUUAUUCACCAGAAGACAAGGCAUGUCCGUCCACGUCAACGAAUUCAAGCCAACAAGUACCCUUCAACAAGUCUUCCAGGACCAUUUGAUCCGCGUCUACGCCCUAGGAAAUGAUAGGAAGGAUCAGACUCAGGUCCUCAUGAACCGCAAGCGCAGCCCUGACUCUACGGCAAUCUCAGAUCUAUCACACAAGCGCACCAAGCUGGAACCAGGCAACUCCGAGCCACCCACUGGCGUGCAACCGGUCCUUAAUUCGCACGAUGCACUUCCUGAAGUCAUUGAUGACAUGUUUAGAGCGAGUGGAACGAGUAGGCCGCUGGGCAAAAAGAAUACAACACCUGCCUAUUCCUACCAAAGGUUACAAGAACCCGAUGAGCCACUUAAUACGGAUCCAGUAUCCUACUUGGUCAUCGGACCCCGGCUACGAGGGAAAUUCUUACCAGAAAAGGCUAAACAGUUGGGCGUCAAGCCCGGUCCGAACUUCGCAAAACUGGUCAAUGGGGAGAGUGUUCAGGUCAAUGGUGAAACUGUGGUGACUAGUGAUAUGUGUGUGGAGGGCGGAUCAGCUGGUUCGGCAUUUUUUAUCUCUAGUAUCGGCUCAAUGGAACAACUCGGUCGAACAACAUUAGUCGAUCCAGCGUGUAUCUCCAGGGUCAGCGAUGGUGCAAACCUCUGCGCGGUCUAUCAUCUCGUGCACGAAGAUGUGGUACUUGAUGAGCGGUAUAUCCAAUGGAUUUCGAAAUUUGCCCCGGAAGUCACGCAUCAUCUAUCAACGCCAUCUCACAGUCCCGAUCUAUUCACAUUCGAGGCCUCCGCCCUUCUACAACUGAAACUGAACCUCAUUGCGCCCAGUUCAUUUCCUAUACCGCAUUAUUCUUUGACGCCUGCUCUAUCAUGCCCUUCUCCUGAACUGAAUCUACUGAGCAGAUAUGAAACAUUUUCACUCAACUCGGCAAAAUCUACGUCUGAUAAUAACAUGCAAAUAGACUACAGCGUUUUUAGCUGCUCGGACAGAUCUGAGUUGAUGUCAAAAUUGGGAGUGAAGCCUGGACUUGCCGAUGAAUUGAAAUACGUAAAAUCCGACAACGAUCGCUCAGUCGUGCCGACGGGGGAAGCGGAAUUUGCUGACGGAAUAAUCGUGACCACUUUAGGUACUGGCAGUGCAGCACCAUCAAAAUAUCGCAAUGUCAGUAGCACACUGCUUCACAUACCCGACGGCCAUGGGCAAAAGUUCAACUUUGUCCUACUCGAUGCAGGCGAAGGUACAAUGGGCCAAAUCAAGCGAAAAUUCGGGCUUGGAUGGAAAGAUACUCUAAGGAAUUUGAAGAUGAUUUUUAUUUCUCAUUUGCAUGCCGAUCAUCACUGUGGUUUGGCCUCCCUCUUGGCAGAACGAUCACAGCUUGAUAAUUGCGCCCCACUUGCAUUACUUUGCCAGUACGGGAUAUAUCUAUAUUUAAGCGAAAAAGCAGUGAUCGAGCCUCUUGGAUUGUCAAUUGGCCGAGUCCAAUGGUUCAAUUCCGAACACCUACUUCAAUCAUCCGACAAAAGAUUGGCAACGAUAAGGAGGAUCCAAGCUCUGAUCUCGUCUGGAUUUGAGAUUGAGACCAUACUGGUGAACCAUUGGGGCAAAUGUUUUGGCGUUUGCAUUGAGCAAAAAACGGAAAGAUGGAAGAUCGUAUUCUCGGGCGACACGAGACCUUGUCAGGCUCUCAUCGACGCUGGACAGCAUGCGGAUGUGCUUAUUCAUGAGGCCAGUUUAGGACCUGAAGAAACUGAACUUGCAGACACCAAAGGCCACAGUACAAUAGACCAGGCGAUUCAAGCGGCUCUUAAGAUGAACGCAAAGAAUUGUGUGCUGAAUCACUUCUCAGGAAGAUACCCGAAGAUCCCGCCAUCGAUAAACAAAUCGAACGAUCAAGAGAUGAACAUCGUGAUUUCGUUUGAUUUCAUGAGUUGUAAGAUCGGUGCGAUACGCGAGCUUCAAAAGUGCAUUCCAGCUCUGGAGCAGAUGGUCGAAGGACUCGAUAUCGAGGACACUACCGAUGCUGGACCUAGCGAUCCAUCUCCUGGAUCAGGGAAAAAAACGAAAUCCAAGAAAAAGGCCGGGGAUCAAACAUGCACCAAGGGUUCACGAGUACGGCAAUUGUCGAAAGAAGACGUUGAAAGUUUAGCUAAUCAAGUCGUUCCUGAACCUCUCAACAUCGACAGCAUCGACAUGGAGUAAAACUUUCGACUUGUAUGAGGGGGUACUGUGGUGAACUUUCUAGGGCAAAGGGAUACCACUCACACACAUUCCCUGAGCUGGUGAUGAGAGGUGUAUCGUCACGAUUGGUUAACACUUAUUGCCACAUUUUUUUAUCAAAUUAC